UUAGACAGCGCCACAAAGGCACAGACCAAGGAGACACAGCCAUAUUCCCUCUUUUGCAACUUGUUUCUCUCUCUCUCUUCAAAUGCUAGUAAUAAAAGUCUUUUUAGACCCAGCAUCUUUUGCUGUGGGAAAUAAUUUUCUACUUCCAUGAAAGAAAACGGCCCAACUCUCUCUCCAUCUUUGUCCCUACUCGCCGACCCCUUAAGUCUGCUAUAGAGAGCAAGAUUUGCCCACCACAAAGCACCAGAGAAAUAGCUGCUGUAUCACAGAUUUUUAGUUUUUAGCUUACGAAAGAAAUACUAGAUCAUUGUAGAUCUAGAGAGAGAGAGAAGGGAGUAGUAGCGGGAGGAGGGUUGGGUUGUUUUUUCUUUCUCUACGUUUGAUUUUAUUUUAGAAAUGGAUAAAAGCUGUCACUCUUCUGGUGAUUCCACCACCACCACCACCAAUAGCACCAGUAGCUCUAACGCCAACAACAUUAACAAUCGAGAUCAUUACCUUAAACACCUCAACAAGCUUUCCCACAAGAUAUCCAAACCCUCCACCACCGCCACCACCAACGUCCCUCCUCUCAUCAAAAAACCAUCCUUUGACCAGACCCAGAACCUCACCCAGGCGCUGCCACCUCAGCAACCUCAACCCUCCCAGCCUCACAAUCCUAACCAAAGCAGUCUCCAAGCUCAACAGCACCAGCCACCCGUUUACAACAUCAACAAAAACGACUUCAGGGACGUCGUGCAGAAGCUGACCGGUUCGCCGGCUCACGAGCGGUUCUCUACUCCACCACCAAUCCACCAACCCAAACCACAAAGCUCUCGACUCCAGAGGAUCCGGCCUCCUCCAUUGGCGCACGUUAGCAACCGCCCCCCACCCAUGAUGAAUUGCGCCGUCCCCAACAUGAACCCCCCAGGUUGCUCUCAACCGAACCCCCCUAUGAGUGGUCCCACUGCUAAUAGCUUCAUUCAACGACCACCAGUUGCGCCGCCUUUUUCGCCUCUCCCGCCAUUUCCGGCUGUACAUGCGGCGGCCGAAUCGCCAGUCUCCGCCUAUAUGCGGUACCUCCAAACCUCCAUGUCUGCUACUGUUGAUUCCAACCCAAAGCAAUUCACGGGAUUCCUACCAUUGGCCCCACUGGCUUCACCCCGUUGGAACAACUUAACCGUCCCACAGCAGCAGCAGCAGCAGCAACAACCACCGGCGCUGCUGCCACCGCCGCAACUGCCGCAGCAGCAGCAACAGCAACAACAACCGUCACAGGUAUCAUCAACGGGGAUGAUCCAAUCCCAGUUACCGUCAUCACCACUACCAUUCGGGUGCUUAAAUUCCCCACGGUCACCGUAUGCUUUACUUUCCCCAAGUUUGCUAUUUUCUCCAAAUUCGGGUCAGUUGGGGUUCCCGCUUUCACCAACGGUGCCCGUGCCGAGCCCCAAAUGGCGAGGUCUUUGAUAAAUUUUAAUUUCGGGUAAGUCUUCACAAGGGGGAAACUUGUGGUGUUAGGGUUUUUGUACAUGGUUAGGGGUUGGUGGGGAAUUUUAUUCAAUUACCAGUGGUUGGAUGAAGAAAAAAAUUGUCUCGCCCUGGUCACUUAGAAGCUUGUUUCUUUCUUUCAUUUUUCCUUGUUAUGUAAAAACAGAAACUUUAAAUUAUGUUCUUUUCUUUUUGUUGAAAAUUGGGUGGAGAACAGAAGUUCAAAGUUAUUGAUUACUAGUAUUAUUAGCAUCAUAGAUGAAGUAUAUUUAUUUGUAA